ACACAUCUAAUCCACAACGAGCUUUACUAAGAAAUCAAAUACAAUCCCGAUUUGCAGUCUUUUGUGUUUUCUUUGUUUUACUUUGAUUUGAAAAUGGCGCAAUACCAGAGCGGUUACCCCACUCAGUCUCCCACUGACGAGUACGGAAACCCCGUGGGACGUAAGGACGAGUACGGCAACCCAAUUCACACCGGAGCAACAACCGGCCAAGGCGUUCAUCCCGGAACCGGAACUGGUCACGGAGGCGUCACUACUCUCACUCGCUCCGGCUCCGGCUCUAGCUCCUCUGAGGACGAUGGCUGUGGUGGAAGGAGGAAGAAGGGUAUGAAGGAGAAGAUCAAGGAGAAGCUUCCAGGAGGCACCCACAAGACCGACGACCCCUACGGUACAGCCCCGACCACCGCACCUUACGGUGGACAGCAGCAGGAUAGGGGAGUGAUGGACCAAAUCAAACAGAAGAUCCCAGGUGGUCAAAAGCAAGAUCCCUACAGCACUGGUCAGCAUACUACUACACCAGGUUACGGCGUGGCCGGAGAGCACCAUGAGAAAAAGGGCAUGGUGGACCAGAUAAAAGAGAAGAUCCCAGGUGGUCAAAAGCAAGAUCCCUACAGCACUGCUCAUCAUACUGGUGCUACACCGGGUUACGGCGUCGCCGGAGAGCAUCAUGAGAAGAAGGGGAUGGUGGACCAGGUGAAAGAGAAGCUACCAGGUGGUCUUACCGGUGGACAAGAUCCCCACAACACCACUCACACUCACACCACUGCGGCACCGGCUUACGGUACCGGAACCGGGGAGCACCAGGAGAAGAAGGGCAUGAUGGACAAGAUCAAGGAAAAGCUUCCCGGUGGACACACCACUACUCGAUGAACGGAUUAGCUUGUAAAUGAUAUUAAUUAGUGGCUGUGGAUCGGUGCUCGUUUGUGAUUUGAAGCUGAUACGCAAAGUUAGGGUUCAUAUAGUUCAUAAGCGUAUGUAGGCCGUGUUGUAGUUGCAGACGAGUGUUACGCAGCUAAGUGUGGUUUGUAUAAUAACGUGCCUGGUGAGUAUGUUUAGCUCACCAUGUAUGUACGUGUAUGUGUUUGUUGUAUUAUGUAAUCGAUCUGUACCUUUCUAUGUUUGAGGUGUACAGUCAUUUGUGUUUUCAAUAUCUACAUGAUCUUUAUCUUCUUAUUAUCUAGCUAUUAGCCGAGUGUGAUGGAAUUGAAUUUGUUGAUGUCG